UAGGAUACAGAGAGCGUAUCAAAGGAUACCAUUAGUUCACAUCCCGUAGUCCAUUCGUCGAAUCCCUUGACAUACGGAUCCACAAGUCCAACAACCGGGACCUACACAGGGACUCCGAGCUCCUCCACACCCUCCGUGCCAUAUACAUCAUCGUCGCACCUGCGUCCGUCGCCAAUAAUUCCGGCGACGACAACUUCAGAAUCGUCAACGUCCUACACGCUAACUAACGGAUAUUCAAUAACCUCCUCAACAACGACACCUGCUUUUCCGACAUCCUCCACACUAUCUCACUCGCUGACGAAUACAUCAAUAACCACUCGAACUCUCUUGAAGGCACCCCCCACUUCACACACAUCAACAAUAAGGACAACACCGACUUCUUGGUUGACAACACCUUCAAUAUCAUCCGCAUCGUUAGUUUCGGCAAAGGAUAUCCCGAGCUCAGCAGAGCCAUCCAGAACCCUUCAAACUACCUUACCGAGUAGUAAAACUGGUAGCUCAGUAGUUUCUGGUUCAAAGACACCUCCAGCUUCAUCCUCAUCUUCUAUGGUGUCAGCAUCUAGCCAUCAUGCACUUGCCGUUGGUAUCAUUAUCGGAGCUGUCAUUGGUGGAGUCCUUCUUGUGGCUGCACUUGCCUUCAUUCUCUUUCGUUGCCAUCGAAAACAUGCCUCGAGGGCGCCGACAUCUCACAACCGACAUCAUUCAAAUAGUUUUGGUUCCAAUAUGCUUACAUUAUCUAAUAUCCCAGGACUCGGACAUGUGUCAGAAGGGAACUAUGCCAUUCUUUCAGAUCCUCCCAUGUCGUCUUAUGGUCCUCCCUCUCCGAUACCACAAAUUCAGCGUGCGCCGUCACCACUGACGCCCGAGCUUGUUCCCGCCUCACGUGGACAUAAGAGUUUGAAUGUGGGAGUUAAUCCCGGCGUAGAAAGCAAGCGUACCAGUGCAAGGACGCACAGGUCUUACACUACGCGGUCACUGGACAAUAGUGACGAAUCACAUCUGACCCUUCCUGCUUAUUUCUCCGAGCUAGGCUUUCGACUUUAGAUAUGUGUAGGACUUUCAACUGUGUAUCGAAUGCAGUUGCUACACUCGGACGG